AUCAUGAGAUUGUUAUUGCCUAUUUUUCUAAUAUUCAACACAAAUCUCAAUCUCGCUCAAGAAUUAAUGAUACCAAAAGAAAAGUCCCUCUCCUCAGAUCUAUGGAUUCUUCAAAGUGGGCAAGUUUUGCUGAUUAUUUUAACACUUAUUACCACAAUCACAAUUUUGAUCAACUAAAAGAUAUCAUAUCCAAUCAUGCAAAUAUGAAUAAUCUCUGGAUGGAAUUAAAAAAGGCUGUUUUGGAUAUUAGUAAAUCUAAAAUUCCUCACAAAUGGAUCUUUACGCAGGAUCGUGCACCAAAACCAAAAGAUCUUUUUCAAUACUACCCUUCUCUCACCAAGAUUGAAAAGAUUCUUUUAAAAUUUCAUUCAAAAAGGCUUAGAGAACGACUUUGGCCUAUUAGUGAAGAAUGGAAACAUGAUCAAAAAGUUGUUGCAAAUAUUGUCAAAGACAUUUUAUAUCCUCUUGAUCCUUUGCCUCAAUUUUUAAAUUUAUCAAAUGUUAGAGAUGUUAAAAAAACUCUCAACUGCAUCUAUAAAGUCUU